CAUUGUCUUGGUUAUGAGCUAGUGCUUCGUGUUUCAGAAUUCUUCGUUCUGAGCUUUUAUUAGCAUAGUCCACCUAAGAAGAUGUCUUGUGCAGAGGCCCUAACAAAUCCAGUUAAAAAGACUAUUAUGGGCCCUCAUGGAAUCAAUCGAGCUGUUCACCGCAUUUCUUUUUCUGAUUGCCAGGAUGGAUUAGGAGUUAAAAUUAUUGGAGGUUAUCGAGCACAAACAGCUGAAGAUUAUGGGAUCUUCAUUAAGAGAAUUCUGCCUGGAGGGAUUGCUGCUGUAGAUAGCCGUUUGCUUACUGGAGACCUCAUUUUAGAUGUCAAUGGAGAAAACUUAAUAGGAGUAACCAAUGAAAGGGCUGUUGACAUCUUGCGAACAGCAUCAGCAUCCAAUCAUAUGUCUCUGCUAGUUGCUAGAGAUGAAGAAGCAAAAAAGGAAUUCCAUCACCUGAUGGACAAGUAUGGCUCUCAUAGCAACACCGACUCUGCAAGAAGUUCUCCAACACAACUAUUGGCAGCAAAACGUAUUGACAGCCUUUCUUCUGGGUCAUCCUCAAGGUCACAGAGUCCUCAGUUCCAUCCAAAGGAUAUUACUGCCAUGAACAGCAGAAAUGAUUCUGUCCUAGCACCGUCCCCAAAGCUGGCAAAGGAUAGUGUGUUUCAGAUUAUCUCUGUUUGUAAAGGAACAAGCCUAGGUUUGAAUAUUGUAGGAGGAAUUAACAGAAAUGAAGGGCCUUUGGUUUAUAUUCAAGAAGUUGUCCCUGGUGGUGACUGUCAUAAGGACGGGCGAUUGAAGCCUGGAGAUCAGCUUGUAUCCAUAAACAAAGAGUCAAUGAUUGGUGUUUCCUAUGAAGAGGCGAAAAGUAUCAUCGAGAGAACAAACAUGAGAUUUGAAAGUUUUUGGGAGAUAGCUUUCAUUAGACAAAAUGAAAGCUAUUCAGAGGAACUGCAGCGACCGUCCAGUCUCUUAACACCAUCCUCUGUAGUUUAUGGAGAGCAACAGGCUGCAGUAGUUAGUCCCCUGGCAUCUCCUAAUGGGAAGCUUGUUUCGAGGCUCACCACUAAUGCUAUGGAAUCUGGAAUAAGGAAGAGAGAGCAAUCUCCAGUUGCAACUGUAGACAGCAGCCCUACCGAUGCACCUGCCCCCGUUAUCUCCCCCAACAACAUUGAUGAUUAUGGGCUGCGAAGGAAGAAUAUCUUGAACUCUACAGUUCGUCUCAAAGCAGAAAAGCUGGAGAGAGCAUUGAAUUAUCUGGGGAUACAGCCCACAGAUGAACAGCAACAAGCCCUAAGGCAGCAACUUGAGAAGGAUUCUGAAGGAACAGUGUCUUUUGGAGAUUUUGUUCAGGUUUCAAGGAAUCUGUUCUCUUUGCAAUUGAAUGCAACAGAUGGUGACCAAAAGCCUGAAACAUUUGAAGCCAAUGAAAUUACCAGUUUUUCAGAUUCACAGUUUGCAGCUUGUGAUUUGUUGGAGGAUGACAUGGAAAGGCUUAAGAAAGAAAGAAAUGAAGCUUUGAAAGAAAUAAGCAAAUUAAAGGAGGAAUUGUCUGAAUCUGUGAGCUUACACAAGCAGUUAUCAGAGGAGCUGCAGACAGUCAAGCAAGAAGCCAAGGCAGCUGUGGAAGAGGCAAGAGCCUUGCGGAGCAGGAUUCAUCUCGCGGAAGCGGCGCAGCGGCAGGCGCGGGGAAUGGAGCUGGACUACGAAGAAGUAAUUCGCCUGUUAGAAGCUGAAAUUGUAGAGCUGAAGGCUCAGCUCACUAAUAAUUCUGGCCAAAAUAAAGAUAAUAUCCAAGACUUGAGAAAGAGAGUCACAGUGCUUGACUGCCAGCUGCGGAAAUCAGAAUUGGCUAGGAAGACCUUUGAGGUGGCUACUGGAAAGUUGCUGCAAUUUGUAGAGGUUGUGCAUGAAAUACUCUCAGAUAACUCUGCUUCCUCGACAGUUGUAAGUGACAGAAGAACAACGUUGUCUACUAAAGCGCUCCUUGCACGACUGGGAAGGAUCGGACCUACUGUCACAACAGCCCUUGCAGCAGAAGCCAAGGACCUUGCCAAAUCUGUCCGUGCCAUUUUGGAAGUGGAUUGUCUACCUUAUGGAUGGGAAGAAGCUUAUACAGCUGAUGGAAUCAAAUACUUCAUCAAUCAUGUAACACAGACAACCUCUUGGAUCCAUCCAGUAACAAGUGCACUAAGCCUGUUUGGCCCCGAGGAUGAUGACGAUGGAAUAAGAGAUCCUCCCGGGUCCAAGAGCUGAGGACGUCGGUUGACA